GUAUGAAGAAACUACCAACGAGCUCAUUAACGAAGAGCUGGGCAUUGCAUACCCCAUCAUCGAUGGCAUCCCGAACAUGAUCCCAGAGGCUGCUAGGACGACUCAGAAGAAGCCCCCAGCGGAGGGCUCGAAGCAGCCCUGA